UCCACAGAUUGACUGUGUGUUUCGACAGUGGACCGCGGAAAACACCACCCACUCUAAAUAAGUGAAAUAAAAACAACAAAAAAACUGGCCUCACCUCGCGAGGGGCCUCCGAAGCGCAGUUAUUAAUGUGAGAAAAUGUCCCCUGCAAGACUGUCGCUUCGGGAGGAGGACAUAGUGCGGUUGGCGUUGGAGUUUCUGAACAACCGGGAGCUGCACAUCUCGCAGCUUUCGCUGGAACGGGAAACCGGUGUCAUCAAUGGCCAGUACUCGGACGACGUCCUAUUUCUGCGGCAGCUCAUCCUCGACGGGCAAUGGGACGAUGUCGUCGAGUUCAUCCAGCCGCUCGAUACUCUGCAGAACUUCGACAUGAAGCACUUCAAGUACACCAUCCUCCGGCACAAGUACAUCGAACUGUUGUGUAUCAAGUCGGAAGCUGGUGGACUGAAUGGGCCUCCGGCAUUGAACAAUGUUGAGGGGGCUGUCGAAGAAGUGGUGCAAGUUCUCGGCGAGCUGGAGAAACUCUGUCCCACCAAGGAGGAAUAUUCGGCGCUCUGUUUGCUCCUAACGCUGCCCAAGCUGGGCGAUCAUCUUCAGUAUCGGGAUUGGAAUCCCAGCAAGGCGAGGGUUCAGUGUUUCCGGGAGAUAUUUCCGCUGGUGGAAAAGUUUCUGCCCGGCGAUAAGAAGGCCGGAUCGCCGCCAACGUUAUUUGCCAAAAAUGAUCGGCUGGUGCAGCUCAUGAUCAAGGGAAUUCUCUAUGAGUCCUGUGUAAAUUAUUGUCAAGUGAAAGCUACCGGAUCGGCGGAUUCCGCCAAUCAGAAGAUUAAUUUCUCACGAGUGCUGGAUGGAUCAAUAGGAUUCACCGACUCGGAUCUCUCGCUGCUCAGCUGGCUCCAGAGCAUACCGGCCGAGACGUUUUCGGUGCCGUUCGAGCAGAAAACGCUGAACGUGGACGUGGAAAGACUGGAAAAACCCUCACUCGAAACCUCAUGGACUGAACAUAUGCUCAUAACGCCGAUCAAACCGAAAACCUUCCCCCAUUCUGUGAUGCCAUUCACCAGGCCCCGAAGUGCGGCAGACAUCAUGACCCGGUCCCUGCUGCCCUCGCUGGAUGCCGUCUCGACCUGUCUCAAUCCCAAAGCCAACAACGAAUCAUUCCCGAUGUCCCGGUCCAGCUUUGCCAGUUUUCAUUUGACCGGAAUCAAACCGACGAGCGGCAAAAUGAUGACCUCCAGUGUGGAUCGGUUGUUCGAGAAUGGCGACGGGAGCGAUGUUUAUCGGAGUAGUAAUUUCAAUGAAUAUCAGCAGGGACUUCCAUCGAUAGAGGAAAUCGCCUCGGUGCAAUCGAAAUCGCCCGACCUGCAGGCCGUUGCUGGUGCAGUGGUGAAAACGAGCGACAUUCACCAGGGAAGUGCCGAACGGGACAGUCCCAAUACCACAAAUUCAACUGCGAAAAGCUCCCGGCGCGAUUCGCUUACGGAUAAGAUCACAACAGCCAAUCAACCAGUGCCAACGGGUCUUCCACAUCACAGUCAAGUUCCGCCCCCGCCGCUCCCAACCGUUGGACCUCCCGGAAGUUCCGGAAACGGUACCAGUCUGCAAGGUCCACCUCAGAGCGUUCCACCUGUUGCUGGUCUUCCUGGCGGAGUCAUCUACGAUCAUCCCAGAAACAACGAAUCUCUGGCAAACGGAAGUGCUGUUGCCUCUGCUGCGGGUGGUGGUGAGCUAUAUGAGAAGUUUAAGCAACAAAAGCAGAAUAAGGAAAGUGACUAUAUUAUGAAUGGUAAUCCCACUAUCAUGCCACUAACGCAACCCUCGAGUCAACAACAGAAUGGAUCCGGACCGGCAGGAGCCGGAUCGAUAGGGUCCCUGUGCAGUAAUAGCAAUGGUCCGGCGAGGCCGACGCAGCUGAUGGAGGAUGGGAAAGAUUUUGAGUCCGACCAAAACCGACCGAAAUUCGUGGCCGUUACCAGCCUAGAGGAUGUGCAAGCCGUACGGUGCGCGGAAUUCCAUCCGAAUGGGCGAAUCUACGCCGUCGGUUCCAACUCGAAGACGUUCCGCAUCUGCGAGUACCCGCCGCUCUCGGAAAUCAGCAAAAGAUGUGAAAGUGAUGCAAGUUGGGAAGACCACACCACCUACCAGCCGACCGUUCUCUUCAAGCGAACGAAACACCACAAGGGCUCGAUCUACUGUAUGGCGUGGUCCCCGAUGGGAGAUCUGAUCGCGACCGGAUCCAACGACAAAACCGUCAAGCUGAUGCGCUUCAACGAAUCCCAGAAGCAGCUGGAGGGACAGGAAAUUGAGCUGACCAUGCACGAUGGUACGGUGCGGGAUUUGUGCUUCCUGGAGGAUAGUUCGAACAAAUCCAGUCUGCUUAUCAGUGGCGGCGCUGGCGAUUGCAAAAUCUACGUUACCGACUGCGAGACUUCGACGCCGUUCCAGGCUCUGAGUGGACAUGGUGGUCACGUGCUGUCCCUGUACAAUUGGGGCGGAGUGAUGUUCGUUUCCGGUUCGAAUGAUAAAACCGUUCGCUUCUGGGAUCUGCGGACUCGGGGUUGCGUCAAUAUGGUCACACCAGCCACUUCGCCCGGUUCCCGGACAGGUUCUCCGGUGGCUGCCGUCUGUGUGGACCCAUCGGGCCGUCUACUAGUCUCCGGUCAUGAGGAUAGUUCGUGUGUGCUGUACGACAUUCGCGGAAACCGGCCGGUUCAGUGCUUUAAACCGCACUCGUCCGAUGUUAGAUCCAUCCGGUUUUCCCCCUCGGCGUACUACCUGCUGACGGCCGGCUACGACAACAAGCUAGUCCUAACGGAUCUGCAGGGCGACCUGACGAUGCCGCUGCCUUCGGUGGUCGUGGCCCAGCACACGGACAAGGUGAUAUCCGGCCGCUGGCAUCCGGUAGAUUUCACAUUCCUCUCGACGUCGGCGGACAAAACGGCCACCCUCUGGGCGCUGCCCCCGAUUUAAUGCGAAGAAAGCACGCGUACAGAUUGAACAACUGCUUACUGGAUCGAAACUAUCCUUUCUUCUGACAUUGUUGGUCGUUGAUCGAUUCGCAUAUGUUUUGUGUAUUAUAAAAAAAACCCCUAAUAUAAAUAUUGGACAUACGAAAUUAUUACUUAAUAUUUAAGCUGCGAGAUGCAAAAAAAACCGAGAGAAUGGAAAAAUAACCAAAAGACAAAAAACGCAAAACUCUGGAUCUAUUCUGGAAGCUUAAAUUUCGGGAGUAUUAACGGUGACGGUUUGAUGGGAAGGUAUUUGUGCGGGCAGGAAGGACAUUUGCGAAAGGCUAACCCUGCGAGCGAGCUAUUUGUUGCUAAACACAUCUCUAUUAACUUUUUUCUCCUUAGUAUUUAUACCUACUUGCACAUGUUAGAGAGGAAAAAUACAGAACAAAUCUAAAUCAAAAUACGUGCUUUGUUGUAUUCUAAUUGCUAAUGCCAUUAAAAACAUUCAUCCCAUUUAGAAUCGAGGGUCUGUUAUGUAUUGCUUUGUAAGAAACAUUUGUGUAAAAAGAAAAGUAAAAAACAUGCUGAUACAAAGAUUGGUUAAAAAUCAUGAAAUGUUAGGCAAUCGAUAUCAAUUUGCAAGACCUUUUAUUAAAUAUACUGUUAAAAACAUUUGGAACCUCAACUAUGCCUUAAUCAACAUGAAAAAUAUGAAGAUAUCAAAUUUGCUUACUCUAUGUUAAUCAACAUAAAAAACUAAAACUAAGGCAAAAGUAUCAAAAACCAGUAAUAAAAUGUAUGAAUUACUCUUGAAGGAAAUUUGAUGGUUUGAAAGUUGACAGUUGGAUUUUCAAUUGCGAUUUUUGGAAAUCGUUUAAAUUUGUUUAUUAUUUGAUAAAUGGACUUAUGUUAGAUUGAAAUCGAUUGCCAAUUAAUUUGUAUUUUUUGUUUUAUUUAAAACGUGCCUCACACCAUAACAAACCAUGAAAACGGAAUCAAAAUUUUACCUGCCUCUCAUGCAUCAAAAUAAUACUCAUCUCAUACAUUUCAUCUAGGAAAAAAGUGACGGAUCAAUCUUUUACCUAAUCUUGUUUAUAUCAGCUAUUUUUUCUUCAAAUUACGACAAGAUUUGGAAAAGCAGACGGAGAAAAACGUGAAAGUAUUGGAGCCAAAAGCGAACUACUAUAAACGAUCAUGACAAAUUCAAAGUAUGUUGUACCAUUAGCACCCAAUAAUGGUUUAUAACUAGCACUGUAUCUAAUCUCACCGAUCAUGCAUCGCCCUUUUUGAAUGAUCGUUACUUUCAUUAGCAGCUAAAUUUGUUAAUAUAAUAUCGCUAAUUAAAAAAAAAACAGAAAGAAAGAAAAAUAAACUAACCGUAAGAUUUAGUGGUAACCUGCUGAGAGACAGAAAAAAGAAUAAAAAGGAAAGAAAUUAGUAACAUACUCAAACCCAAAAAAUAAGAACAAACUGAUUUUGUCGUGUUUAAUGCAAUAUUUUGUUGAUACUACUGUACCAUACACAUAAUCUCUCGUAAACAGAAAAUGUUAAACCAAAAUGCAAUUCAAUAGGUUCCCUUCAGACAGAACAAAUGAUUCUUAUUCAUUUCACCUGGACCGAACAAAGUGUUUGUAAUCGAACCAAUUCAAUAGCAAGUGCAUUCAUUAAUCAGCCAAAAUUUACAUACGAAAUGUGUAAUAAUAAAGUGUAAACUAAUACCAAUAAUA